AUGGCAUCAGAACAUAAGGAUUGUGAUGGAAGAAUUCGAUGUCCUUGUGUGAGAUGUAUAAAUAGUAUGUUUGAAAAAAUAGAUAGGGUUAGAGCACACAUAUUUGAUCGAGGUUUUAUGCAAGGAUAUGAGAAGUGGAUUUAUCACGGGGAGCCUGAGGAUGCUGUCGAUGAUGUAGCAGUUGCCGAUGUUGAAUCAGAGGAUGAAAUGAUUCCUAUUCUAGAAGACUUCUUUCCCUCGACAACAGAGGAUGUACAAGGAGAAGAUGAACAACCAACCACAAACCCACAUUUUGAUGACUUAUUUGAGGAAAUUGAAGUUGAAUUGUAUCUCAGUUGUGAUUGGAUUUCGUCUCUCAACUUUUUAGCAAAGCUAUUGCAUUUAAAAGCUAGAGGAAAAAUUCCUAAUAACAUCUUUGAAGAAUUGUUGAAGCUGUUAAAGUUUGCAUUUCCGAAGGAAAAUAAUAUUCCAGCAACUUACUACGAGGCAAAAAAGAGGUUGAAGAAAUUAGGCUUGGGAGAAUGCACCAAGGAGGCUUGUCCAGUUUGUGGAACUAGUCGUUGGGUUACUUCCGAGAACGGCAAAGGAAAAAAAGUUCCUUGCAAAGUCAUGCGAUACUUUCCGUUGACACCUCGACUUAAAAGAUUAUAUAGUUCGAGGAUUACAGCGAAGAGCAUGAUAUGGCAUCAUACUAGAAAAUCAAAAUAUGAUGGGGUGUUGCGACACCCUGUCGAUGGUCUCGCUUGGAAAGACUUUGAUGCAAAACAUCCUGAGUUUGCAAGGGACCCAAGAAAUGUUCGACUGGGGUUAGCUGCUGAUGGAUUUAAUCAAUUUGGCAACAUGAGUCUUGCAUACAGCAUGUGA